UUGACGUAAGCUGUGAAGAUUGUUUUGGAUUUUUGGAUCUCGAGAAUACAAGAAGGGAGCUGUGUUAAAUUUUGUUCAAAAAUCCGAAAUAUCAAUUCGAAUCCUUUAUAAUAUUGUUUUAAUCUUAGUUAUUUUCAAAUUUUGUUAAAGUUUUUUGUUAGGAUAUUACUAUAUUUUUGUAGAAAUCUCUUAUUGUGAUAAAUAUAAAUUAAACCGUAUAGUCAUUAGUCAAAGUACGUUGGGCGUAAAAAGAAAAUGGCGUGUGCAACUCUUAAAAGGAACUUGGAGUGGGAAGCUCAGCCUGCUAAAAGGCGUAGAUGUUCCCCUUUGGCUGCAAGCUCAAGUACAAGUCCUAGUACAAGUGUACGAGUUGAGUCUAAAACCGGAGUAUUUGGAGAAACACUUAGUGCAUCUGUGAAAAUGACUCCAGAGCGUAUGGCGCAGGAGAUUUACGAUGAGAUUAUUCGCUUACAUCGUCGUCGCCAACUGCGUAUGGUAUCUGGCGCUGCUGCCUGCUCAAGCUCCAGUGGCAGCGAGGGAGAUGCUUCUCCACCACAUGGAUCUGCUCAUUCCGAGAAGGGACGCACCAUUAAACACAGAGCACUAUUCACAUUCAAACAAGUGCGUAUGAUUUGCGAGCGCAUGCUCCGCGAGCAGGAGGCGGCUCUCCGCGCCGAGUACGAGUCUGCUCUGAGUACUAAGCUUCACGAGCAGUACCAGGCCUUUGUGUGCUUUAACCUGGAUCAGGUGCAGAGCCGACCGCCGCCUGCCACGUGCAUGCCGCUCGGGAUGGACGCCGAACAUCACAUGCAUCAAGAUCUUGUGCCCAGCUAUCUGUCCUAAUAACACGAGCCAUUGAGGGCUGCAGUUAUAUCAAGACAAACAUAUUUUGGUAUAUGUGAAUAUUAUGGGUUAUCAUAACGAUAGCCGUUUAAGACUUGUGAUUGCUAGCGGAACUCGCCUGCCUUUAACUCGCCAUGUCCACAGUAUUAUCUUCAUUUCCUUUAGAAACAUUGUCAUGAUUUAUUCAAAAACAUCUCUUAAUUACUAAGACAUUGUUAACUUUGAACAUGAUUUUCAAGUGUCCUGAUGGAAAUAUAUUAAAUUUUGAUGUUCAUAUUUGUUGCCAUGGCAACGACGUGAUUUCAUCGUCGCUGGAGGAUGAUAACCUCGUUUGUCCCGAAAACCAAACAUUACAGGAGACGAAAAAAUGUUUCAUUUCGUCAAAUGUUCAUUAAAAUAUUAUUGUGUUUUUGUCUAUAGUUUUGGAUGGUAAAAAGGACUUAUUUAUUAAUUAACAUAAAUAAGUCCUAAGAAUGUACCAGUUAACAAGAGUCUAAGAAUAAAAAUAACGGUUUUUUGAUGCGGUUAUCAUUCUACAGUGACGAUAUAAAAAUGGUAACAAACACCAUACUAACUUUAUUCCAAAUUUAAAUUUUCUGUUAAAGCUGUCUAAAUCGGAUUAGUCCUCAGCAGCCGAGUUCUGUAGCUAACUUCAUGCCACAUACAUAAAUUAGCUUAUAAUGCUUUAGGUAAGAUUUGCUGCGUAAUUGUGUUCAUAGACUGACGAGCGAUAAUUUGGAUUGUUUAAAACAGUGGUAGACAUUUGUUUGCCGAUAGCCUUAGUACACAAAAUUCACACAGAGUGCCUCGAACCCUUCUCCCUUCAUUGUUAGCCAUCAUUUUUGUUAAUUAUAGUCUGGCGAUAGUUCUGCUGUUGAUCCGACUUAAUUCAGCCCCGACUCGAUUUGUGAUUAGUCAAUUCUGUUUGAAACACCAGAAGUAUCGCCAUUACGUCGAAAUAUAGUUAUAGUUCUUAAAUUAAUUUUUUUUUCGUGAACGACAAAUGCGUCGGAUGGUCCGUCGCCGGCGCAUUGGGAUUUCUGAAGAUCUAUGAAGUUUGGUUCACCUCCUUAACGAAGGCUUUAGAUUAUUUGACUUAGCUUUAUUUAUAUAAGUUAUUCUCGAUAAUGUAAUAUGUGAAGAUGAAACGCACUACGUUAUUGGGCUUCUUUUCUACAUUAUUGUUUAGUUAGUAACAAUUCAUUGAAUACGAAAAGGAUUUAAUUUGUUACCAAGCAUGUUCAAUAAAAAUUAGGAUAGGUCUUUUUUAAAUUGUAUUAUCCGCUCAUUACUAGUAGAUUAUUGGCGUUUAAGAACUGAAGAAAAUAAACUAGCUAAACACCAAUAAA